AUCUUGUCUUACCUCAACUCUGGACAGCAAGCGCCUAGUCGACUUGAAAGUAUUUGUGUCAAAAUGGCUUCCUCCGCAACAACACAACACGCUCAUGAAAUUAUUGACGAUGAGUCAUUAGCAGAAGAGAAACUUCUGGAAGAAUUGGAACAUGAAGAGAUACCAUCAUACAUCCGAGAAGCAAGGCUUGCAUCCCUCAAACAACAGGCUGAACAAUUUAAAGCCAAGCAUGACAAGGGUUAUGGCGACUAUAGUGAAUUGUCUGAUCAGAAGGAGGUUUUAGAUUUGACAACCAAUGAAGAAAAGUGUGUAGUCCAUUUCUUCCAUGGAGAUUUUAGACGUUGUGCAAUAAUUGACCAACAUUUAAAGAUGUUAACAGAGAAGUACUUUGAGACUCGCUUUGCAAAGAUAAAUGUGGACAAAGCCAAGUUUCUCGUGGAGAAACUGAAAAUAAGAGUGCUUCCUGCAGUUCUUUGCUUUAAAAAGGGCAUUGUUGUGGACAGGGUUGUUGGUUUUGAUGAAUUAGGUGGGACAGAUAGCUUCCAAACAAUAGUAUUGGAGAGGAGAUUGUCACAAUCAGGCGUUAUUGAAAUGGCAGAAGGGGAGCAACAGAAGAAGACCAUAUUUGGUUUCAGUGACAGUAAAACUAAUGAUAAUGACAGCAGUGAUGAUGAUUAUUGAGUGUUUGAAACAUGAGGCUUAUUCUUUGAAUGGUAAUUUGUCAAUGGAUGUUGUUUUCACUCACAACAAAAACAUCCCAUGCAGCUCUUUGCUGACUGAACCUUGGAUGAAGACAAAAUUUGAGAUUGGACCAUUGCUUUGAAUGUUGAGUUUAUACUGUGUAACAGUCUUGUGUGUACAAAAUACCUAAGUAGAGGACCAAUGACAUUAAAAACUGAAUACAUAAGCAUCCCAUAUUUAAAUCUAGUUUUAAUGAAAACAAACUGACAUUGUAACGAUAUAAAGAGGACAGUUACUUAAAAGCAAUCAUUUCACAAUAGUACAGGUUAGCUAAAGGCAUUCCUUCAUUAACAUUUUUUAAGGUGCAGCAGUUUUAUCAUAUAUGAGAUGAUGUAUUUUAAAAGUACUUUUUUCCUUUAUAUUUAUCAUGCAAAUAAGAAUUUCUAAAUAAUAUGUUAUUUACUUAUUUAAGAAACAAAUGCGGUAUGUUUAAAUCUAUCAUAUAAUAAUGACAACAAUGCAAAUUAUAAGAAGUUUUCUCCGAAACCAUAACAUUUUCAUAACAUGCUUUUAACCUCAAUGUGAAUUCUGGACAUUUAUUCAAGGGUCACAACCUCGUGUUAUUGACCCUCUAAAAUACAAUGAUACGUUUUUACUUUCAUAUUAAAUCAUUAAAUAUAA